GAAAAUUUGAGUUUGCAGAAAUUCAAGCCGCGUGCUCGGGAGGCAAAGAUGCAGCUGCAUAGUGCAUAGUGUCACCGUGGGAACCGGAGGCUCAAGGGGUGGACAUUAGAGGACAACAGAGACAGAGGGAGACCAGGAGAGCGCACUAGAACCAGCGCGUACUUUGGGGGGUUUACAUUUCUUACUUUACCUCAUUGCUAUCGGUUGGUAAAUGAAGAGGCAGUGCUGCGAGAAGAUUACACAUUGACUGGAAAUCAUGGAGAGUAAAGGCAGCCGUUGCAAAAUCGUGGUGGUCGGAGACACGCAGUGUGGUAAAACAGCACUUUUACAUGUUUUCGCUAAGGACUGCUACCCUGAGAAUUACGUUCCCACGGUCUUCGAGAAUUACACAGCCAGUUUUGAAAUCGAUAAACAGAGGAUUGAGCUGAACAUGUGGGACACGUCAGGUUCCUCAUACUACGACAACGUGCGGCCGCUGGCCUACCCCGACUCAGAUGCUGUGCUCAUCUGCUUCGACAUCAGCCGCCCAGAGACCCUGGACAGUGUGCUCAAGAAGUGGCAGGGGGAGACCCAGGAGUUCUGCCCAAAUGCCAAGGUGGUGCUGGUGGGCUGCAAGCUGGAUAUGCGGACAGAUGUGAACACGCUGAGGGAGCUGUCCAAACAGAGGCUAAUCCCCGUCACUCACGAGCAGGGCAGCACACUGGCCCGGCAGAUGGGCGCGGUGGCCUACACGGAGUGCACCUCCAAGGCGUCGGAGAACAGCGUGCGGGACGUGUUCCACAUCACCACGCUGGCGUCGGUCAACCGCAUACACCGGCCCCAGCUGAAGCGUAGCGACUCCCGCCGCGGCCUGAAGAGGGUCUCCCAGCUACCCGGCCGGACCGAGCACCUGGACAGCGCGCCCACCAUGAGAAAGGACCGUGCCAAGAGCUGCGUGCUCAUGUAG